AAAAAACGUACCAAAUAAUUAGAAACCUAAACCCAAAUUAACCGGAGUUUGGACUGGGAGGCGAUGAUUACAGCUGGCGCAAAAUGAUUGGCUUAUUAAUUAUUGUAUCAGAGCAUAUAAUGAAAGAGCAAAAUUGAUAGAAACAUAAUAAUUGAACCUUUGCUCUGCUUUCAAGAAUCUAGUUCUUCGUCAAGUUCUCUUUGAAGAUUCAGUUCCGCUUCAGAGUUCUCUCGGUUUUAGUCGUCUUCUACCCUAAUUUCUGCAAAUUACGCUUCGGUGUUCUUGUUCUGCAUUGCGAUUAUUUCUGGGUAUUGAAAGGGUUCUUUGGGGUUGGCAAAAAAAAAAAGGAUGGAUAGGAUCAGUAGUUUACCAGAUGAUCUUAUUGUUACUCAAGUAGUCUCCUUCCUCUCGGCAAAAGCGGCUGCGUGCUUGAAGUGUACCUCCAAGAAAUGGUGGAAUCUGCUUACCGUCUUACCGAGUGCUGUUUUUGCUGGUUCCUCCUCGUCUGCCAUUAGUACUAAGGCAAGUCUCAAAGAUUUCGCUGAUGAAUUAGUAUCGGCUCGACAUGCCAUUCACCGUUUGAGGAGAUUCUCUCUAAAGCUACAGUCUUUGGAUUAUGCUCAGUAUAGUACUGUCAACGAUUGUUUACGAGAUGCGAUCAAGUGUGGUGUCUUGGAUCUUGAACUGGACGUCAACGUCCAAGGAGAUUACUCACUGCCUUGUGAGAUCUUCACUUGCAAGAGCGUUGUGAAAAUGAAGCUAGGGUCUGGCUUUGUUAUUGACAUUCUCCCUAGUAAUGCUUUGCUUCCUGCUCUCAAGACUCUCCUUCUUGAUUCAGUUCGGUUCAAUGAUACUAGUGGUUGUGCGUUUACAAGGCUUCUUUCUGCUUGCCCUGUGCUUGAGGAGUUAGUCAUAGAUGGAUUCAACUGUGAACGUUGGAAUUGGUCUCACACUGUGUGUAGUCAGACCCUUAGGAGACUUACUAUGAGGCGUGCAUAUACAGAAGAAGAAGAUUAUGAAGGCUAUGUGUUUAAGAGAAUUAGUUUUGAUACUCCCAGUCUUGCCUACUUAGAAUACAGUGAUUUUAUUCAUGACGAGUUUCCAGUUGUUAAUCUCGACUCCCUUGUUGAAGCGAAGCUCCAUUUUAAUCUGAUGACUUAUGGGAAUGAAACCGAUCCAACGAAUCUGUUCAAGGGUUUGAAAAAUGUUCAUAUUCUGCGCUUAGACUAUGUUGACACGAUGCUGCUGUUCGGGGAUGCCAGUGAAACAGCCACAGUGUUUGAAAACAUGUCUCAUAUAUAUAUGCCAACUGAAUCACCUUCCUGCUGGGUUGGUCUAAAACGUUUUGUUAAGAAAUCGCCAAAUCUGAGGACUCUCACCAUUGAGGAAUUGCACUAUGAUUAUUCAAUAUCUGUCUGCGAAUGCUUGGAGGACUAUGCUUUCCUUUUGACCUGCCCUAUUGAGAUCCUAAAGAUAACUCAAUUCAAGGGAUAUAUCGAAGAAAUGGUGCAACUAAAGCGUGUCUUGGAGAAAUUGCAGUGUCUGGUGCUGUUGGAAGUUCAUGUCAAGGUAAGUAGUGAUGAAGAAAAGCUGCAGAUCUUGGCGGAUCUCUUAAUGCUUCCGAGAGCUUCAUCGAAAUGCAAAGUCGAGGUCAAGUUCGGUUAAACAAACUAGAGUUUGUUUACCUCAACAUGAACAUUUAGAUCUGAUCAAAGGAACAGACGUGGUUCCUGAUUUGUUGACAUUAGAACUAGUGUUAUUCUUUUUGCAUCUUUCGUACAUGCGUGAUAUUUGUUCUGAUUUGAACAGUUUGGUGUUUUUGUCAUCUCUGACUUUAGAACUAGUGUUGUUUUGUGCCUAAAGUCACUCUUGAGUUUGUAAGAGAGAGGCUAAGCUACAUUAUGUCUACUGUUGUUACCAAGAGAUAUACUUUCUCAGAUAUUUUCCGAUGAAGGAGGAUUUAACGUCCA